CGAUUUCCUAAGACUAUAAGAAGAAGCGUUUUUAACAACUAGACUAUUAACAUCAUCUAAACCUAGAUUAUAAAAAGCUCUAUGCGUUAAAUUUAGAAUACGAGAACAAUAAAAAUAUUUUAAUGGCAUCCAAUUUGCAUUUAUAAGUACUGUUUCGUCUUCCAUGUCUCUUGGUAGUUUAUGGAUAAGUCUUGCUGCUCUAAGGUGGAUUAGUUCUAGAUCUUUCAUCAAAUAAUCUGAGCAAGAGCCCCACACAGCCAUACCAUAUAAGACGCUUGGGAUGAUUGUUUUGUAAUAAAUUGUUUCUAGUGUGGCUUUUGGUAAAAAGCUUAUGCGUCUUAACAUUUCCUGAAACUUUGCAUGUGACUUUAUGAAUUCAGUCGAAAGACCAUGAUCCAAGUGAACACAUGCCUGUGCCCCGUGACAAUCCUUUUAAAUUUACUUUAAGCUUCCCCUCCGUAAAAUGGUACGAAAGGCCCUGGGUCCUGGAUUUGUUGCCCAACGUUGGUCAGCGACGCAUACCACGGGCUCCAAAAAGGACGUGAAAAUUCGAAGUUCUCAUCGCUUGUAGAAUGAGCCUUAAUAAUAACGUGUUUUGUCGUCCGAAUACUUAGAUAUCUCCGAGCACAACACAUAAAUAUGGGUAAACUUAAUGUAUCGAUGCUGCGGUACCUUUCCUCAGAGGAAUUCAGAGUUCUUACGGCGGUUGAAAUGGGUAUGAAAAACCAUGAGCUGGUGCCUACACCUCUUGUAGCUUCAAUAGCUGACCUUAAACAUGGCGGCUCUCAUAAGAUCCUUCGUGAACUCUCAAAACACAAGUUAGUGUGUUAUGAGAAGUCUGGACGAGUUGAAGGUUACAGACUUACCUUCAGUGGAUAUGAUUACCUGGCACUGAAGGCGUUGACUACGAGAGGAAGUGUUCAGUCAGUUGGGAAUCAGAUUGGUGUCGGCAAGGAGUCUGAUAUCUAUAUUAUUGCUGAUGAAGAAGAAACCCAACAUGCCCUCAAAUUACACAGGCUUGGACGGACAUCUUUUCGUAAGCUCAAGCAGAAGCGAGAUUACCUGAAGCAUCGUAAGAAUGUCUCAUGGUUGUAUCUUUCACGUCUGGCAGCUGUUAAAGAAUAUGCUUACAUGAAGGCUCUUCAUGACAAUGGUUAUCCUGUCCCAAAGCCAAUUGACUUCAACCGUCAUGCCGUAGUCAUGGAACUUGUGGAUGGACACCCACUGUGUCAAGUUCAUGAUGUGGCUGACCCAUCAGCAUUAUACAGUGAGUUGAUGGAGUUAAUUGUACGACUUGGAAGUUAUGGACUGAUUCACUGUGAUUUCAACGAGUUCAAUCUCAUUAUCAAUGACAGUGAUAAGGUGACGGUUAUCGACUUUCCACAAAUGGUCUCAAUUUCCCAUCCCAAUGCACAGUGGUAUUUUGACAGAGAUGUACAGUGUAUUAGGGACUUUUUUCUUCGGCGAUUUUCUUAUGAGAGUGAACUCUAUCCUCGGUUUGCAGAUGUAAAACGGCUUCACAACUUGGAUGUCGAAGUUGCGGCCAGCGGUUUCACAAGGGACAUGUCGGACUCAUUCGAUGAGGCUGCAGCUGACUUUAAGGCUUCAGCAGAUAGCAGCAAAGAUCAUGAUGACGAUGAAGAAACAGAUCAGUCACAGGCUCCGGAAAUGAAACAAGACGACAGUGAAGAAGAAGACGGGCACGACGAUAACCCAGAGGAAACCCACAGUCCAGUGCGCGACCUCUCAGAUGAACAACAACAUAUAGAGGAAGAGAUGGAGGGUAGUGAAAACAACCCUGAUCAGCAACCGAGCGAGGACUGGGACCUGGAAGAACUAAGCAAUCAAAAUAAACUUCACAGGCCUUAUCGUGACACAAAGAGUUGUGUGACCGGAAAGAACGUGGAGGAUGACGUUACUAGUCAAUCAAGCUCUGUGACUACGUCAUCAAUAGACUCGCGAGAGAUUAGAACUAGAGUGAAAAAGAGUUUGGAUAAGAAGCAAAGAGACAUGCGCAGGAGAAAGCGAGGUGAAGCGUCUGCCGUGACGCGGUCAAGGCGGGAAAACAGAGACGCUGUGAAGCACGGCGCGCAGUCUUGGCACGACGGUUGGUGAUUGGCGGAGACACUGAAAAGUUGCUUUGGCUUCGCGUUUGCUAAGAUCUUCAGGGUGCUUUUUGCCUCCAUUGACGAAUUCAUGGUUUGGGAAAGACAAAAAGAAACGAGAUAAUCUAAGUACAUUGAGCUGGAAAGUUUAAAAUACUUCUCAAAUGAUACAGUUUACAUUUGCAACAUUCGCAACCGUUUCAUGUGGCAAAUUUCGCCACAUUGCUCUUGACAUAUACAAUGUGUUCCUACCGCAUAAAUUUGCCACGUAGUAUACUUGGCACAAACAAUAUCAAUUUGUAAUAUACUUUUCAAAUAUUCAAACACUAAUCUGGUGGAGUCAAUUUGACUUUCUACAGAUUUAUAAUCUUGAUAGAUCUGGAACGUUCGACUUAAACAACUAUCCAUCUGUUUUGGAUC